GGUCUGUGUUGUAAUAAAGUGACUGAGGGUUUUCCCAGAAUGGCAGAGUCCAGAGCGUCUGUCUGCAGGGAAAGAGCCUGGGGGGAAUCGGGGUGUGAAAUGGACUCAAGCCCCUUCUGAAACCUCCCCCAUCGCCCCUCUCGCCCUCACAGGCUGAGGAAUCACGUCCGCGUUUCGCUCCAGAUCGUCCCGUCUCCAGGAGACAGGGAAGGGAAAUGCCUGUGAUGGAGCCAGCUCAGAUGCCGGUGACCUUCGAGGAGGUGGCUGUGUAUUUCACCCAGGCGCAGGGAGCUCUGCUGGAUCCCGGUCAGAGAGCCCUCUACAGGGACGUCAUGCAGGAGAACUAUGAGACGGUGACCUCAUUGGGAUUCCCCAUUCCCAAACCGGACCUGAUCGCCCGGCUGGAACGAGGGGAAGAGCUGUGGGUCCCGGAUCUCCAGGCCACUGAGGAAAGGGAGAACCCGAGAGGUACCCGCACAGCAGGUGGUGAGAGAGUGAGUGUGAAUGAGGAGGACAAUCAACAGCAGGAAGUUCCCAGGGAAGUGGAACCAUGGGGGACCUUUUUAAGAAGAGCUGAAGGGAAUUUUUCCCAGUGCUUGGAACAGGGAGAAGCCUGGGGAAAUCGGGGCAGGUCAGAAAAACAGCUGGGAAAAGUGACAAAAAUGGAUGAAUCCAUUGAUUGUGGGGCUGGAUGCAAGGAUCCCAAGGAAACCACAGUCCAGCAGACAAGUCACAAGGAAGAAAAACCCUAUAAAUGCCCCAAUAUUGAGAAUAGAUCUCAUAUGAGUACAAACCUUAUUUCUCAUUGGAGAAACCACACCGGAGAGAGACCCUAUAAAUGUCUUGAUUGUGGGAAAUGUUUCAAUCAGAAGUCAACGCUUGUUAGGCAUCAGACAGUCCACACAGGAGAGAAACUCCAUAAAUGCUCGGAGUGUGGGAAAAGCUUCAGUAGAUGCUCAUACCUCGCAAUACAUCAGAGAAUCCACACGGGAUUCAGACCCUAUAAAUGCCUUGAGUGUGGGAAGUGUUUCAAUUGGAAGUCAAGCCUUAUUACACAUCAGAGAACCCAUACAGGAGAGAAGCCCCAUAAAUGCUCGGACUGUGGGAAAAGUUUCAUGCACAGAUCUGACCUUAUUAGACAUCAGAAAACGCACACAAGAGAGAAACCCCAUAAGUGCUUGGACUGUGGGAAAACGUUCACACAGAGAUCAACCCUUGUUGCACAUCAGAGAAUCCAUACAGGAGAGAAACCCUUUAAAUGUUUGGACUGUGGGAAAUGCUUCAGCCAGAGUUCUUAUCUUACUUCACAUCAGCAAAUCCACACCGGAGAGAGAACCUAUAAAUGCCUCGACUGUGGGAAAUGUUUCAAUUGGCAGUCAUCAUUUAUUACACAUCUGAAGAUCCAUACAGGAGAGAAACCCCAUAAAUGUUUGGACUGUGGGAAAAGCUUCAGUAGCACCUCAGACCUCGCUAAGCAUCACAGAACCCACACGGGAGAGAGACCCUACAAAUGCUUGAACUGUGGGAAAAGUUUCAAUAACAACUCAAACCUUCGUAAACAUGGGAAAAUCCACACUGGUGAGAGACCUUAUAAAUGCUUUGAUUGUGGGAAAUGUUUCAUUUGGAAGUCAAACCUUACCAGACAUCAGGGAACUCACACAAGAGACAGAUCCCACACCUGCUUGGAAUGUGGGGAAAGUUUCAUCCAGAGAUUGGACCUUACGCAACAUCAGACAAUGCACAAGAGACAGGAAACAUAAAUGCUUGGAUUGUGGAAAAAGUUACAUUAAGAGAGCAAACCAUAUUACGCAUCAGAGAACACACACAGGAGAAUAUCCCCAUACAUGCUUGGACUAUCU